CACCAAAGUCUGAUAAGGCAAAAGAGCUGGAUAUUUUCGUUGAUUAUUUGAAUUUAAAUAAACUGACGAAUUAUAUUGUGAGUAUUAUUUCUCGUUUUUAUUUAAUUUCUAUUGUAGCUUUGUGUAUACUCAGGUGAGAUUGGGGAGAAUGAUUUUUUGGAGAUAUUUUGGAUGGGGUGAAUGAAUUUAUACCACCAAUACUAACUCCGGAGUAGCAACGGUUAUUUCCAUCCACCUCAGACCUCAAAUAUAUAUCAAUAUACUACCCAUCAACACCACCACACUUUGCCUCAACUUUCCACAAAUACUCACCACAAGAAUGUCACCAUCAACUCUCACCCGCGCUCUGCGCUUCAACCCUACUUCCAUCAAUAAAUUCGUCUCCUCCACCCCUUCCUCCACCUCAGCAGCAUCCCGUUUCUUCACCUCUAACUCUUCAUCUGUGCGCCAGUACUCAACAAUUAGAAAUGCAUUUGCACGAACUCGUUUUGCGGGAAAGCAGACCAAGAGAUUUCAGAGCACAGAGGCUGCAGCUGCGACUGCGGCGCAGGUUAGUUGGUUUAAGAGGAUGUGGGAUAGUCCGAUUGGGUUGAAGACUGUGCAUUUUUGGUAGGUUUGGGAUUUUCUUUGGGUAAUUGGUUUGGUUUUAGUUUUGGUUUGUGGAAGAGAAAGAGAGGACGAGUAGGAGGGAUGGGGAAAGAUAAGGGGGGAAAGGUGCUCGUGUUGAGAAAUGAAGGCAUGAGAUUCGGCAGAUCAGGGAGAGCAUGGCCAAAUGUAUGAAUUUAUGCUAACUACCUUUUUCUAUUAUAGGGCUCCUGUCAUGAAGGUAUAUAAAUUCGAUUUUCCCCCCUGUCCCACCAUUAUAUGCUUGGAAUUUGCACAAUCCCCAAGCUUCCAAAGCCCUUCUCAACUAUCCAUUACCACCCUCUUGGGGCCACUUCCUUUUAGCGAUUGUUUAAUAACUAACUUAUUAUCAGUGGGCGCUCGUCUUAGCUGGUAUCUCUGAUCUUGCUCGUCCUGCCGAAAAACUUUCUCUUACCCAAAACGCUGCUCUCACUGCUACUGGUAUCAUCUGGACACGAUGGUGUUUAAUCAUUAAGCCAAGAAACAUUCUGUAUGUUCCCUUCUCACUUUGUGCUUACCCUCGAAUAUUAUCUCCCUCGAAACUAAUAAAUGAAAAGUCUCGCAACCGUCAACUUUUUCCUCGGCAUGGUCGGUGUCGUCCAGGUGACCCGUAUCCUCAUGUAUCAACGCAGCGAAAAGGCAAAAUCUCUCACUGACAAAGCGGCUGAGGUUGGCCAUAAUGUGAAGGGAAAGGUCGAGGAUGCUAUCAAAUCAUAAAUAUUCACAACUUACAAGGAAUAUAUGAUAUGGGGGAAUAGAAAGAGCUAAAGCUCAAGAAACUUCUCAUGGAGAACUGGAGGCAAAGUACGGCAAAGUUCCCAGAAAGCAAGGUGGCAGGUUUGCAAUUUUUCUCCUUGCGAAUAGAUGAAGAAACUUGAAUUGAACACGGUACAGAAUUUCCUUGGUCCGAAACGAGUUUUUUUUUAAUUUGCAUUUUGUGCUAUGCAGAAGUUCCAUAUCUGAGAUAGAUAUGGAGGAUUUGGAUGAAAGAAUCAGGAGUCCAUUUCCGCUAUGAUAUGAGCUAGUGAGUGGAGGGGGAAAAGGAACGUAAUUGUACACUACUAUACCUAAGGUUUCACAAUUCGAAAAUGCUUUCUCUUGUUU